AUGGCCCUUGUGGCACAUAUAGAUUCUGGGAAGACGACGCUCACGGAAUCAAUUCUGCUCAAAUCCUCUUACCUUGUAGAAGCGGGCUCUGUAGACACCGGCAGUACAACCACCGAUUUUCUUCCCGCAGAGCGUGAACGCGGUAUCACCAUUCAGUCUGCCAGUAUCCCAGUGAAAUGGAAGGACUGGACAUUCAACCUUAUCGAUACCCCCGGACACGCAGACUUUGGCAUGGAAGUAGAGAGCGCAAGCCGCGUCAUUGACGGUGCUGUCGUCCUCAUUGACUCGGUGGAAGGUGUAGAAGCUCAGACCAAAGGUGUAUGGCGUCAGCUUGAUAGGUAUGGCGUACGAUCCAGGAUAAUGUUCUUGAACAAGCUUGACCGGCCCGGGUCGUCCUUCCGCUCAUCUCUUCUCUCGCUACUUGCCCAUCGUCUUCAUCCCAAGCCGAUGGCCUUAACACUCCCCGUUGCUUCCUUUGAUACUGGGGAUUACCAACGAGCCGAGCCCGGUAUUCAAGGUUUGGUUGACUUGGUUCGCUGGGAAGUCUGGAGGUGGAAUGCGAACGGCCACUACACCAAGCACGCUCUUCCCGCGGACGUGAAUGAAUUGCAAAGGACCGAUAUAUUCCCUUCAGGUCACCCUAUCUUGUCUCACCUUGUUCCGGCAAGAAUGGCCCUUCUCGAUAACUUGUCCAUGUUUUCGGAGGAGCUUAUGGAGACGCUCUUAAACUUGCCUUCGACUCCGUCCGCGUAUCUUACUGUCACCGAAGAUCAGAUCCUACCAGAACUACGCGCGGCCACUCUGCGCAAUGAUAUUCUUCCUGUGCUCUGUGGAUCAGCGUUCAAGCACGUGGGGACCGAUUUGGUUAUGGACUACGUCGGGGCCUUGCUUCCUAGCCCUUUGGACGUCAUGGAUAAGGCACCUAAGCGUAACGAGCCACUACGUAUGUUGGCGUGGAAGGUGGCAUGGGAUAAGCGCAAGGGCUGGAUGACUUUCGUCCGUAUCUACUCAGGUACGCUCAAGCCACAGUCAAACAUCUGGAAUGCUACUCGUAACCAGCGAGAGAAAAUCUCCAAACUUAUACUCCUCUACGCGUCUCGACACGAGGAGGUAGACUCUUUACCGGUCGGUAGCGUGGGUGUCAUUUUGGGCUGCAGAUACACUCGCACUGGAGAUACUCUGGUCGCCUCCACGAAUGACGCGGAGGGCGGUGCCUUGCCCAACAUCAUACCACCUGCGCCGGUCAUGUCCACCUCCGUAAUACCUCAGUCUCAUGCGGAUCUGCAGCCUGUACAGGACGCUCUGCAAUCGCUUAUGCGUACGGACCCGUCGGUCCGCAUCGAGUCUCAGGAAGGCCAGAUCCUGGUCCAUGGUCUGGGCUCGCUGCACCUGGAAAUUAUUGAGUCUCGUCUCCGAGACGAAUGGAACGUGCAAUUUGAAUUCGGCAAGAGGAGAGUCGGCUACCGCGAGGGUGUCUCGCCAGCUAUCAGCACCGUCGGUGCUCCUGAUCCGUGGAGGACCGACAUCGGUGGCAAACACAUUGAGGUGUCGCUCGACUUGGAUCUCCGUCCACUAGAAGAGGAUGAGCAAGGCAACCCUCUGUGGGACGGCAAUGUCGUCUUGGACAAGAACGGUAAACCGUUACCUCCCCCCGAGUCCUUCGCCAACCAGCUUGAUCCGAUGGCCAACGUCGCGCAGGGCCUAUCGAACUCGCUGUCUAGUUCUCCACACACUGCGCUCCCCAUUUCGCGCCUCCGCAUCCAGGUUAGAAGCUACCGCUAUCCGCUGGAUGUUUCUUCAUCCGUACUCGCUGGCGGAAGCGCCGUUAUAUUGCGCGGAUACCUCAAGCGUGCAGGCAUGGGCCCGCUUAUGGAGCCGUUUAUCAGACUCAAGGUUACAGUAAAUGAGGAAACACUAGGCAAAGCUGUCAAGGACUUGACUGAGCAUGGCGGUGAGGUGCUGGACCUUGCAGAGAGCUCUGUCGGCGUCAGUGAAAGCGACCAGGAAGUCGAACCCUAUCCCGACGACGGCGUGUACGUCCCGCCAGAAGUGUUUUCUCCGUCUGCGAGCUCGACAAAAGGCGGCUCCUCGGCGUCAAUGAGGCGUGCUGUCCAUGCCGUUGCACCUCUUAGCCAGAUGCUCAACUUUUCGAACCGCUUGCGCGCGCUGUCUGGAGGACACGGGCUGUUCGAGAUGGAGAAUGCAGGCUUCAAGCAGGUGUCUGAAACAAGGAAGCUCGAGAUUCUUAAGGAGAUGGGACGUGCUUAA